UUAUUCUUAUUUUUGAGUAUCAAAAUCUGGUAUAAAAAUCAGAACGUUAACAGGUUAUUAAAUCAAGAGAAGCCGAUAUUUAAAACCCUUAAUAACUGUCAAAAUGGGCUGCGCCACGACAAGCGUUAAGAUUAUCUCGAUUAUCAUAAAUGCGGUUUAUGUGCUUUCAGCCCUAGUGGCCAUUGGUUGGAUUGCCUUUAAUGCUGAUUUGAUGAGCAAGGAUUUUGUUAAUUUCACUUUCACAACCUGUUCAAUCAUUGUCUUGUUCGCCUUACUCUGUAUAUUUGCAGCAAUAUGUGAAUCCGCAGUGCUAACUAAAACGAGUGCUAUAUUUAUUCUGGUUCUAAUUAUAAUACAAAUUGCCUGCACUUAUUGGGUGCCUCAUCUGCAUAAGUUUAGGAAUCCUUAUAUGGCCUGGCAGACCAGCGAUAUGGAUAUUCUGCAGCAGACAUUUAAAUGCUGUGGCAAGAUUGGUGCUAUGGAUUAUGUAGAACUAAAUGAAAUGGUUCCACUCAGUUGUUAUCUGAAUUUCCAACGGACUUCCGAUAACCUCUUCGAUAAGGGCUGCAAUGCGAAGAUUUCAAGUUUUUAUGAGAACGAAAAAGAACAUCUUUUUGUUGUCUCAUGUUUAUUGAUAGCCUCCGAAAUAAUUCGCUGUGCCUUUGCGGCAAUUUUGGUCCUUCGUUUUAACAAAAAGCAACGGUCGAUGAAAUGCUAAAUGGGCCAAGGACCUUACCAAGUGCUGGCCUAAGUACCAAAUGUUUCAAAAACUUUUAGUCUUUGAGUCGAGCGAAAACACUUUUCAAAAUUAUAUGCCUUAAAAUAUAUAAUAAAUAAAUGAAAAAUCAUUUCUAAAAAGAUGAAGUUCGUUACCAAAUAAAUUAUAUCAAUUGACUGAAAAA